GCGACAACCGAGGAAGGAUAGGGGGACCUGUAAUUCUGUAAAUUCGAACGUGACCGUUUGUCACUUUCUCAGAUUUACAAACACUUCCCCGCUUUUGUCGAUCUCUUUCCAAUUCAAACGUUUUCUUUCACUCAGCGUCUCAGCCUCAUCAGAGGAAUCUCCCACUCACCAGUCGAACCAGAGAUCCCAUUCCUCCUCUGCGCAAGAACUAAGAAGCUUUCGGCAUUGGAGCGGCCAUCAAUGGAGACGGAUGAUCUGAUUGAGAUUUCAGCAGAAGACGACUCCCUGCUCAGUCUGGAACAAGUCCCCAGCAGCCCUCAAGUUUUCUCCAGUUCCAACAGCAGCAUCGCCGCCUUCUCCUGCUCUCCUCUUGUCCAAAUCCCUAGAUCCAACCGCUCCUGUGCCCGUCCUCCUCUUCCGCUCCCUCCAAUUCGCUCGGCACUUGAUUGUGCUAAGGAGGUUGGAGAUGCAGAUGCCAUUAGCCCUUCGACUGCGCAAGUUGGAAUCGACAAGGAAAAUGCCGAAAUGAAUAGUUCUGAAGCACCCAAGCUGGGUGUCGAGCGCCAGCAAAUGAAGAGGAAGAAGAAGGGAGGAGGAUACAAUUUGAGAAAAAGCUUAGCUUGGGAUCGAGCUUUCUUCACCGAAGAAGGUGUCUUGGAUCCAGUGGAGCUGUCUAUGCUUAGUGGCAAUGUUGGUUCUGGUAGUAGGGACAGGUUGUCGAUGAUUCAUGAAGAGGUAGAGUUGGUGUCCCAGAGAUUGGAAAGUAUCUCUGAAUCCAGAAACUCACAUUCAGUUGGAGAUAAAUCCAUCAAGAAAUCGCCUGCGAGUUCUCUUAAGAGCAGGAAAAUGGAGGGCGGAUCAUCGCUGAAGGCUAGGCCUUCCACUAGAAGCCAGGCUUCUCCUCUAAGCUCUCCUGUCAAGCCGAAGGCUAUCUCAGCCCGUGAUGCUAAUAAGAGUCCUUCAACUUGUGGUACUACCAAAAGUGCCUCUAAAUACAGUGGCUGUCCGCGCCCAGUUGCUUCAUCUUCUCUGAAAAGGCCUUUGCAACCGAACGUGUCGAGAGUUGCCAAUAGAGACCCAAAAGUUUCGAAAUUAUCAGCUCCAAAGACAAAUCCGCCACUAUCUAGUGCGACAUCUAGAAGUUCUGCAUCGAGUGCAAGAAAUUCAAAGCAUAGUCAUGUCUCACAACCAGCAGUGCAAGCCCCAAAAACUAUGCAACCGAAGAGCAGCUGUGGAAGUUCUAAAAUAUCUCGAAAUGACAUAAAACCUGCUCAUUCAGGAAAAUCGAGUGCAAGACCUACUGUUCAGCUAGCCGGACGAAAUGUGGUCAAAUCAGUUCCAGAAAAGCAUUCAUCGGCCAAUAGAGAACUCCCUAAGCCUAGCAAAGCAGCUGAUGACUCACCUGUACUCCAAAAUGCUGCUGUUGCUUGUCCAGUAAGCAGUAGUGAUGGAUGUGCAAUGAAGCAUGCAGUUUCUGUCUCUCAAAAUGGUAAUUACAAUGUAAAUGACACUAAAACGGCGCAGAGCCAACCAGCAAAACCAUCUGGAUUGCGGAAGCCUUCCCCAUCUCUGAGAUACUUUGAGCAGUCAAAACCUUCGGGUUCACAGGACUCUGAACUGGGAAAUCUUCCUCUAUCUGGCACCCCAUCUCAUCAGAAGCCCCCACUACCUCCAAAAGAGAGAGCAGUACAUGCAAGUUCUGUGUAUGGUGCUUCACCUGUGCAAAUUAAAUUCAACUCGAACAGGAAUGAUGAACUAAACAAGCAAACGCAGGCUCUUCAUAAAGCUAAGAGUUGUGAUACAGUAGAUUGCCAACAGUUGUCACACAACGCGAAUGUUAUUGCUAAUCUGCAGUCUCAAGUUUGUGUGAAGUCUCAUGCUAUUGAAAAGAUUUCUCCCACUGGGGAUAUUGGAUCAGGAAACAAUUCCUCUUUGUUUCUCCAAGAAAAUCCCAGCAUCGUUACAAAAGUGGAUAUUGGAACUCUUGCAGCAAAAACAAGCAUGAGCAGUAACCAGCAUGUUGAAGGUGCAGAAGGUAGUGUAUCUGGAAGGGCUGGUAGUGCCAGUUUGGGGUAUCAGUAUGUUGAGGAUGCAGUGGAAAGCAGCGAUAUGCCUAAAGAUCAGCUAAGUACCUUUCCUGAUGGUAACAAGAAGUCUAAGGAAAAUGAGCUAUUAGAGCUAAAAAAUAAUGAUGAAGGUGGAGAUUACAGCAUUUUAAUGGAGGAUACAGUUAGUAAUAUUCAUAGGGGCCAGGUGGAUCAAUGUAGUAAUGACACAGCUGAAGGAAAUUCUACUGCAGAGAGCCAAAGGCUGUGGGUGAAUGAUGUUGCUUUAGCUGAGGGGAAAACCUCUUCCUCAACUGACGACGCGAGUCUGAAAGUUGAAGCAAGUCCUUCUGAUUAUGACAUCCCGCUCAUUCUAGAUGCAGGCACAAAUGUUCCGAAUGGAGUUAAUGCUAAUGUGACGAAAUAUCCCGGGGAAGAUGCAGGCAUGCAGCCAUUAGAAGCUGGUCAAUGUGAUGAUAUUAAUAUCAGCAUGACAGAAGCGGAACUUCCACUGAUCAUUAACUUUGAAGCUGACGGACAAAUGGAUAAAGCCGCGCUUGCUCCUGUUCCUUCGCGUCUUGCAGAUAGUAAUCUGUCUCUGGAUAGCAAGGGAGAAUUUUGUUUACCUGAUGCUAGUCAAUGUGGUGAUACUAAUAUCAGCAUGACAGAAUUGGAACUUCCACAGAUCAUUAACUGUGAAGCUGACGGACAAAUGGAUAAAGCUGGGCUUGCUCCAGUUCCUUCACAUCCUGCAGAUAGUAAUCUGUCUCUGGACAGCAAGGGAGAAAAUUGUUUACCUGAUGCUUGUCCACGUGAUGAAAGUCCCAGUCAGAUGCAACCAGACAAUUCUCUUUUGACAAACCUAGUUAGCCCAGAUUUGCAAGCUGAGGAUGCUUCUGGAGAUGUUGAUAGAAGCAAAGGUGUAACAGCAUGCACUGAGGCUUCUAGGCCAGCUGUUUUGCAGUCUAAGAAAACAUAUGAUCACCGAGAUAAUCUUUCUCUUGCAGCUGAUCUGGAGAAUCAAAUUCAGGAGGCAUACCAAAAUUCCUGGGAGUGCAAUAACAGCAGCACUAUUAAUGUCUUUGCAACUGGUGAAAGUAGAAACGAUAAACAUGGUGAAUCUCAAUUAGAAGUCAUGAAUCUAGACAGUGAAUUUGCAUGCGACCAAAAUAUGAUUGAUGAAACACUUGAAGGAGAUACAGAGAUUCUGGAAUCCGAUGGCCUUACUUCUGCUGAUAUAAGCAAUGUGAUCACGCAUGAAGCAUCCUAUGUAAACAACACAUGUGAUCAAUCUCAAUCCGAAGCCGUAUCACCAGAAAAUGAAUUUUCCCGGGACCAGCAUCCGAUUGAGGAAACAAAGAUGGAAGAUGCAGAGGUGCAGGACUGUGAUGGCGGUUCUUUUGUCAAUACCAUCAAUGUCACCAACUUCCAAAUGCCUGGACUAUCUGAAGAAAACAUCAAGUGUGGUCAAUCUCAAUGGAAUGCGAUGAGACCAGCAACAAUUGGGGAAACGAUUAUGGAAGAUAAUGUAGAGGUGCAGGACUGUGAUGACAGUUCGUUUGUCGAUUUCAGCAAUGUGAUCAACUCUCAGGGGCAUAAAGAAUCCGAAGACACUAUCAAGCAGUCAAAGUCAGAUAAUUUAAUAGAAGAAGUCCCUUUGGAUAUUCGUGACUCGUGUUUGAGAUCCAGCUUGUUGCUCCGAGGCAAUUGUUCUGCUGAUGAUAGAGAUGCUUCUUGGGAUACUAGUGUUGGCUCUCCAGAGUUUAAAGAUCCAAUUCCAGAGGAGGUUAAGAACCCAGCAAGCCUUUUCGUAGAUGACAAAUCACGGAGAUCAAGUGACAUUCAGCAGUCCUCUGAGAACAACAUUCUGGCUAGACUAGAUGAUAAUUGCUGCAUGCAUGGCGAUCAGGUCAGCCAACAAAUUACAAAAUCUGUCUCUCCUUUGAGAAGCAGCGAUCAUGAGAUUCAAGAGACAGCGUGUACCAGCGACUCUAGCACCGUAAAGGAAAAGCCAACGUCACAAGUAAAUCCUAGUGACAGUGUAAGUGAAGAAAGUAUGGUCCAGGAUAUGGACGUUGAAUCCUCUGAGGAGGAUGACACUUUGCUGGAGGUGGACAAAAGACCUGAUAUUCAUGGCAGUGCAUUCCAGCAUGACAUAGAGUUGGAUACUCUGACGUGCAGCAUCGAGACUGUGGAUGAGAAGAAGAAGGAAGCUGAUGCACCUGCUGCAAUCAAACUCCCGCCAGAUGCUGCACCAUUCUCCGAGGAAUGGUUAGCUGCGAUCGAAGCUGCAGGAGAGGAAAUUUUGACAAAGAAGAGUGGCGCUGUUCAACAUUCACCUCCUGAAAAAACUCAACCUGAACCAGGUCCCUGGUCCCCGGUGAAGAAGAGGAAAAAUCAGGAAAUCGGACCAUUUGACUGUACAAAAUAUACUAACAAGAGCGAACCUUAGACGACGAGGACGUGACAAGCCAUCCGAUCGUACUGGAUAUGAAGAGGAAUCAUCAGGUUAACCCAACACACUGAAUUGAGAUGGUCCAUUAAUUCAGCAAUCUGGCUGAAUCAUUCAUUCUUUUGUCUCUUUAAACACACUUCCCUGCAACUAAUCAUUCAACAUCCCUCUGCAAGGGUGCGGUGACGACAAAAUCUGUAGCAGAUAGCUUUCUUGUCCUCCCCAUAUGUUCCUCAGCAGAUCCCAAAAGUGCAAAUAUGAUGGUCUUCUUGCAUCAUUUUUAUCCCAAAUGUAAAUCUUGUACUACUUAUUACUCAAUAAGCAGCUUGAUCCGCCAUGCUAAGA